GAAGUCACAAAUCAAAUUCCGCUCGUUCACAAGUUCAUAACACAAACACAAAUUUUUUUUUGAUAAACACAGUAUACAUUUUCCAAAAGUGCCAUAUAAAGCGUUGAAUACUGUAUGAUCUUGUACUACUGAUUGUACAAGAUUUUUUCGUCUUCAAUAAAUUCGGCAGCACAAACGUCAUGAACCAAAAAAUACGUAAUUAGAACCUGGUGACGCAAAAACAGUGUGAAGGGGCGGAGCGUGUGUUCUACAAUGUACAGAACGUCAGUUGCUGGCUAUUUAAAAAAAAUAACCAAGAGGAAUGGACGUGCCUUCCACUUCUGAGAAAAUGAAGAGAUAUAACAGGAAAGGGGACAUGAUGCCCCCUACCUAUGACAUUUUCAAUCAGCUGCGGCUGGCAGGAGAGCACUGUGAUGUGAUCCUUCAGACCGAUGGCAUUGAUUUCAAAGCCCACAAAAUAAUUCUGUGUGGUGCCAGCUCCUAUUUCCAAGCUCUGUUCUCCAGUUGCUGGACUGUCCCAGAAGAGUGCCGGUACAAAAUCCACGGCAUUUCUCCAGAGAUGAUGAGCUUGAUCCUGGAGUAUGUCUACACAUACUCUGUGCUCAUCACGCUGGACAACGUCGAGAGUUUGCUGGCAGCUGCUGAUCAUCUGAACAUAAUCAGCCUUGUUCAGUGCUGCAGCGACUUUCUGGAGGGCCAGCUCUGCCUGGAGAAUUGCAUUGGCAUUUUUAAUAUUACCGAUGUCUACUGCUGUGCUGAGCUGCAUCAAACCACAUACCACUUCCUCCUGCAACACUUCACGGAGGUCGCCAGGACCUCAAUGGAAUUUCUGGAGCUCACCCUUUCCCAGCUCUGUACUAUCCUGGAAAAGGAUGAACUUAAUGUCAGGCAGGAGGAUGUGGUGUUCGAUGCCAUACUUCGCUGGAUCAUGUAUGAUCCUGCCAACCGCAAGGCACAUAUUGCUGUCUUGUUGUCAAAGGUGCGGUUGGCUCGUAUGGAGGCAGAUUACUUCAUGAGGGUUGUGCAGAAUAAUGAGUUUGUAAGGAAUAGUGAGGAGUGCAAGCCCAUUAUUGUCAGCACCAUUGAGGCCAUAUAUGACCUCGAUGUUAAUGCUCCUCAGUAUUCUGCCUUUCAAAACUCGCUGACCCGCCCACGCCUCCCCUCUGAUAUCUUAUUAGCCAUUGGUGGCUGGAGUGACUCCCCGACCAACAGGAUCGAAGCCUAUGACACCCGGGCCGAUCGCUGGGUGGAAGUGUCACCAGAGGGGCUGGGCCCCCGGGCCUACCAUGGCACCGCAUGCCUAAAGGGUUUUGUGUACUGUGUCGGGGGUUAUGACGGCACAUCCGCCUUAAACACCGUGUGCAAGUUCGACCCCGUCUCAAGGACUUGGCACCAGGUGGCCCCCAUGCACUCGCGCCGCUGCUAUGUCAGCGUGGCUGUGCUCAAUGGCUACAUGUAUGCGAUGGGGGGCUUUGACGGCCUCGGGCGCCUGAACACAGUGGAACGGUAUGACCCUGAAUCCAACAGGUGGACCCUUAUCCAACCAAUGAACAACAGAAGGAGCGAUGCCUGUGCCACCACACUUCAUGGGAAGGUGUACAUCUGUGGGGGCUACAAUGGGAUUCAGUAUUUGUCUACCGCUGAGUGCUAUGACCCACGGACCAACCACUGGACCCCAAUUGCGCCAAUGAGAGUUCCCCGAUGUAGUCUUGGAGUCAUAGCCUACAAUGACAAAAUCUAUGCAGUGGGCGGUUCUAAUGGGUCCACCUGCUUCCGGAGCGUGGAGGCGUAUGACCCGCUGACGAACCGCUGGUGUGCUGUGGCUCCCAUGUUGAACCCGCACCAGUGUUUGGGCAUCGAGGUGGUGGACGACCUUUUGUUUGUGGUGGGUGGCUUUGAUGGACUGGAAAAAACUUGUAUAGUGGAGUGCUACGAUGGGAAGACAGGCAGCUGGUACCGCGCCCAGGACAUGGCCAUAUCCCGCAGUGCCGUCCGCUGCUGCAUAGUGCCUGCACUCCCCAGCAUCACAGAGUAUGCUGCCCCACGUGAGCCCUUGGUCGUCGCCCAGGAUAUAACGCCAUCCACCUCCAACGACCUGCCCAAUGGGUGACCUGCACUGCAGCAGCUCCUCCCACCCCCAAAUCCAUCCCCUGAAAUAAAAAUAUAAAAAAACAUCAA